GGGCGGGCGAACGGACGGGACGGGCGCCCCGAUGAGGACGGCUCCGCGGGGAGAUCGCGGCACCCCCGGGCCCCGCUGAAUCUGCAGGUCUGCCGGAGCUGCGGCCCCGCUCUGGAGUCCGGCGAUGCUCACGGCCGUCUGCGGCUCUCUUGCCAACCAGCGCUCGGACACGCCGCGCGCCUCCUCCCCGCACUUGGACUUGCAGCCCCUGCAGCCCUACCAGCCCCACGCUAGCUCCGAGGCGGGCGGCAACUUCCCCUCCCCUCUCCAGCCCACGGAGGUCCAGAACCUGCCCUUGGUGGGCCCCGGGGUGGAGUUCGCGGCCCCUCCCGGCUAUGAUCUGCAUAGCUCUUCGAGGCUAGACCUGGAUGGUGACAGCCUGCUGGCCCCCGGCACGUACUCCAAGCUCCUGCAGCCGCCUCCCGAAAUGGCCCACCCCUAUGAGUCCUGGUUCAGGCCCUCGCACCCCAGCAACGCUGCCGAGGACGGCGGCGUGAAUUCCUGGUGGGACCUCCAUGCUGGAUCCAGCUGGAUGGAGCUGCCGCCGGGUCAAGGCAGCCUGCAAGCCCCUGGCCCGGCGGGCGGACUCCAGCCAGUGCUGGGGGGUUACAGCUCUGCUGAGCACCAACUCUGUGGCCCACCACAUCACCUCCUGCCCUCGGCCCAGCACCUGAUGGGCCAGGAAGAGCUGAAGCCACUCGCCUCGCCUCCGGAGCCGCACGUUCCCGAGCAGGCUGUGGACGGUACUGCUAGGCCGAAGAGCUCGAGGCGAUCGGUGCCCCGGAGCGCCGGGCAGGCAGUGUGCCGCUGCCCGAACUGCCAGGAGGCCGAGAGGGUGGGUCCGUGCCCGGAUGGGGCCAAGAAGAAGCAUCUGCACAACUGUCACAUCCCCGGCUGCGGCAAGGCCUACGCCAAGACCUCCCACCUGAAAGCCCAUCUGCGGUGGCACAGCGGGGACCGGCCCUUCGUCUGCAACUGGCUCUUCUGUGGCAAGCGCUUCACCCGCUCCGACGAGCUGCAGCGGCACCUCCAGACCCACACGGGGACCAAGAAGUUUACCUGCCCCGUGUGCAGCCGGGUCUUCAUGAGGAGCGACCACCUCAGCAAGCACAUGAAGACACACGAGGGGGCCAAAGAAGGAGCGGAGAGGGAGGGCAAGGGCGGGGCAGACCCUCCGGGGAAAGGCAAGAGGGAGCCCGAGGCUGGCAGCUCCAGCCCCGCGACCCAGCCCAACUGAGCUUCUCCCCCUCCUCUCUCCGGUACCGCAGGAUGGACGCUCCCUACCCGGCGCCGGGUCUCCCCGGGCGGGGCCGCGCUCUGGGCUGUGGUCCCUGGGCCGGGGCGUACGUGGCUGUGUCCUCCGAGCAAGAAGCUAUUUAUUCUGUAGGAGGAAAGGACGCAAUCUCGGUGCGUUGGGCAUGGGGCCUCUCCUCCCACGGGGGGCUGGGAGGGUCCAGCCCGGGGGCUGGUCUCCGAACCGGAAGAGGGAGGGUGUUAAG